AUGGCAGACUCCAAAUCCAAGGGCUCGGUAACAACACAAACCAACGCGCGGGGAAUCCCCGUUGCUCCCUUCGUUGACGAUGUGGCCGAUUAUGUCUCCUCACGCGAAGAGGUUGAGCCGACCCUUCGCCGGUUCCAGGAGAUGAUCUCCAAGUACCAGUUCAUGGAAGUGAACAGUCAGCGCCGCGGGCAGGGACUGCGCGAUAAGAUCCCGGAUAUCAAGAAGACAUUGGAGAUGGUGCAGUUCUUGAAGCUGCGUAAGGAGGCAAACCCCGACUCCGACCUCGAGACCAACUUCGAACUCAAUGAUACCCUCUACGCCCGGGCUUCUAUCUCCCCCGCUGACACAGAGGAGGUUUACCUCUGGCUUGGCGCUAAUGUCAUGUUGGCUUACCCGCUGGAGGAGGCCGAGGCUAUGUUGCGGGAGAAGCUUUCGGCGGCGGAGUCGAGUCUGUCUAAUUGUGAUGAGGACCUGGAGUUCUUGCGCGAGCAGAUUACGACAUUGGAGGUCGCCACGGCACGUGUGUACAACUGGGAUGUGGUUCAACGGCGGAAAGAGAAGACCGAUGGGAAAGGAGAUGAAUCAGAGAAGUCCCGGCCUGGUUGA